AUGGAAGCAGAAGACUGGUUGAGAAAAAGCGGGGAAUUUGUCGGUUGUUAUUUAGUGAGCGUGCUGGACAGUGCCACUGCUCACGCCUCCAUCCUGACCCUACUAGCCAUAUCCGUCGAGCGCUACUACGUCAUCUGUAUGCCCUUCAAGGCUAACUACACUUGCACCUCUAAGCGGACCCUCAUCAUCUGCUGUCUGGUCUGGCUCAUUGCCUUCAUCAGCAGCAUCCCGGUUGUCCUGCUGACCGGUUAUAGGUCGUGCAUUGACCUGGACACUGGGGAACAGAAGGGCUAUUGCGAGGCAUACGCUAACACCAAGCUCCAGGAAGCCUACAUCGGGGGCAUCUUCUGCCUCUUCUUCCUGCUCCCUUUCGGCUUCAUGACCGUCAUCUACUGCAUUAUCGCGAACACGCUGCGAAUGCACGACAACUACAUGGCUGCCAUCCGGAAGAAGGAGUCUCUGGCGCCGCCGUCUGGUGACUUGGCGUCGUCGCGUGACGCCGGACGGCUGGUGGAACUGGCCUCCAUGCCACGCAGGAACAGCGUGGAGUACCUGAUGGAGACCAACAACCAUGCGGCACCGGCGACCAAUCACGUCACGAGCAGCCAGAGCGAGGAGCCACUCACGGUGGCCACGGUGGACGGGGAGGCCAAUCACUACACGGCUCUCCGGUCAGGGGCCUCUGGUGGCCAGCAGCAGGCCAGCUCGAACAGUGCGUGUCAGAGCAUGGCCAACGCGGCCACGCGGCAGUCCCACCGCCGCGUGGUGCUCAUGCUGGCUAGUGUGGUGGUCGUCUUCUUUGUGUGCUGGUUUCCCAUGCGCAUCCUCAUGCUCUGGCAGAUCUUCGCGCCGCGCGAGUCCGUCUACUCCUGGUUGGUGGCCAACCAACACACCUUCGUGGUCAUGCUGGCUGGCUUCCGCGUACUGAUCUACAUCAACUCAGCCAUCAACCCCAUCCUGUACAACCUCAUCUCUACCAAGUUCCGGGCGGCGUUCCGGUCGGUCAUCCGCUGCGAGGACGCUCGGCGGUCUCGCAGCAAGAGGUCCAUAUCCACUCGCUCUUUCACUUCCACGUCCAGUCUGAGAGUCCAUGGCCGCACGACUGACUACCAUGGCUAGCCUUAGCCGCUGCUUGACCAUUCCCGCUGUAAUUCAGACCUUCAUCACGCUUAUGUCAUGUGAGAAGCCCUAACUUUCCACAGCAUUUGGACUGCUCACACACGAAAUAUAAAUGUUUUUAGUCCUUAAAAUUGGCGACUAAUUCAAAAUCGAACAUCGAGCACUUUUCCUGUUAAUAUUGAGUACAUUAUCGUGUAAAAGAGAGCACAUACGGCGAUAUAUGAUUAUGAGUCCAAAUGUGUACGGACCAAAACUGUAUGAGAUUUUCUAUACAGCUCAUGGCUGCCAGAAAAUCCAAGUCUAACGACGAUACCAUACGCUGAAAUGCUUUUGGAUGGGAGCCAGACUAAGAUGAAAGUGUGAUGAAGGUCUCACUGCUUUCGUUCGUUUCCGCCUGACACUAAUUUGAAAAAAAACCUGGUUUGCUAUUUUACUUUCUUCUUAAGUAUUUGGGGCAUUUCCCGAUUCCCAAGCUUGCUUUAUACCCAGUUC